ACGCGUUUUGCGCAUUUCCUGCAGCUCGCGCUCACUCUCAGAUUGAGGGGACGGGAAACGGGGGGGCGCGCGCAAGGACCGAAAGGAGAAAAAAAAAAAAAGGAACGGGAGCGGGAGGACCGUGAUGUAUCUGAGGAGCUCGUGAGUCCAACAACAAAAAAAAAAAAAAAAAGAGAGAGAGACUGCAUUGGGGUGGGGGGGGGGAAGCAAACGGAGGAAUUGCUUACCGAGAAUACAUGCAAAUAUCGCGUUACCGUGAGGUCGAAGUAAGGAGAUUAAUCCCGGAGAAGAGCGAGCGAGGGGCUGGAAACGGAGCACCAAUCCCGGAUGGCUAGGCGCGGCUGCUCGCGCUCUCUCCCACCCUGACCCGGGAGAGACAUACAAGGACGGUGGGGAGGCUCAGGGGCUUCACACUUAACCCCACCGGAGCCUUUUAUCCCGCUUUCCCCUCACCCCACAGCCGUUCGAUAUCCCGGCCUGCUUCCGCCAAAAAGGGAAUCUUGUCUUGCGCACGGGACCGACAGUAAACAAACAAGGCAAGACACUCGGGGGGUGGGAGAGUGUUCAGCAGGCGACCUCUGAAGGGUGUGAGUCUGCGUUUUUCACUCCAUUAGGGAUCCAUCAGCUGUAUUGACAACGCGCGCGUGUGUUUGUGUGUGUGCGUGUGUUUGUGUGUGUGUGUGUGUGUGUGUUCAGCUAUGGCUGUGCAAGACUGAGAGUCCAAGGAGCCAGCUGCAUUAUGGGAUGUAGCAGGACUGUGCAGUGACCCCCGCUUAUUGGAAGGAAACGCUCUGUGUACAGGAGCAGGAACAGGCAGACUAGCCUAAACACACACGCACAUUCAUCCUUGUACACACACACACACACACACUCACACACAUCCCAGGACCCUGCAGCCAUGCCUGUGUUCAGCGGCCUGUUGAAGGUGCGAGUGUGUGAGGCAGUUGAUUUGAAGCCCACCCCAUGGGCUCUGCGUCAUGCUGUGGGGAAGAGCGGGUCCUUUUUGCUGGACCCUUACCUGGCUUUGAAUCUCGACCAAACCCGGCUCGGUCAGACCGCCACCAGGACCAAGACCAACAGCCCCGCCUGGCACCAGGAGUUCUGCACCGAGGUCCGCGAGGGACGGAGCCUGGAGCUGUCUGUGUUCCACGAUGCACCCAUCGGAUAUGAUGACUUUGUGGCCAACUGCACCAUCCAGCUGGAGGACCUGCUGCAGAACGGGACCAGACACUAUGAAGACUGGAUUGACUUGGAGCCAGAGGGGAAGGUGUACGUGGUCAUUGAUCUGUCUGGAUCCUCCACUGAAGCUUCAGGAACCAAUGACAAUGAGGAGCGAGUGUUUCGAGAAAGGAUCGGUCCUCGCCGGCGACAGGGCGCCGUCCGAAGACGCGUCCAUCAAGUCAAUGGACACAAGUUCAUGGCCACCUACCUGAGACAACCCACCUACUGCUCACACUGCAGAGAUUUUAUCUGGGGCGUGCUGGGGAAGCAGGGAUACCAGUGUCAGGUGUGUACGUGUGUCGUCCACAAGCGCUGCCAUGAGCUCAUCAUCACCAAGUGUGCCGGGAUGAAGAAGCAGGAGGACACACCGGACGAGGUGGGUUCACAGCGGUUCAGUGUUAACAUGCCUCAUAAGUUCAGUAUCCACAACUACAAGGUCCCAACCUUCUGCGACCACUGCGGCUCACUGCUGUGGGGCCUAAUGAGGCAGGGCCUUCAGUGCAAAGUUUGUAAGAUGAAUGUGCACAGGCGGUGUGAGACCAAUGUAGCUCCUAACUGUGGUGUGGACGCCCGAGGUAUCGCUAAGGUCCUGUCUGACCUUGGAGUCACACCUGACAAGAUCUCCAACACCGCACAGCGCAGGAGGAAGUUGACUCCGGGGCUGGACCCUCCUCAGUCUCCUCCUGAGCUCACUCAGACUGAGGACAACAGCUUCAGCCAGCCAGCUGUCCCCACCUCCCCCUCACAGCAGGACUUGGCAGAGCUAGACCGCCUGCAGCACGCGCUGUCGCUCGACCAGCAGGGACAGCAGCACUCCUCCUCUUCCUCCUCCUCCACCACCUCCUCUACCUCCACGAUCUCCUCCUCGGUGAGCAGGGAGAACGGACAAAUGCAGAGGAGGAGCCUGAAGGACUUCAACUUCAUCAAGGUUCUCGGAAAAGGCAGCUUCGGCAAGGUGAUGCUGGCGGAGCUGAAGGGGACGGAGGAGGUUUACGCCGUCAAAGUUUUAAAGAAAGAUGUGAUCCUGCAGGACGACGACGUGGACUGCACCAUGACCGAGAAACGCAUCCUGGCCCUCGCCCGCAGACACCCCUACCUCACCCAGCUCUACUGCUGCUUCCAGACACGCGACCGUUUGUUUUUUGUAAUGGAAUAUGUGAAUGGAGGAGACUUGAUGUUCCAGAUUCAGCGUUCCAGGAAGUUCGAUGAGUCUCGCUCUCGUUUUUACGCUGCCGAGGUCACCUCAGCCCUCAUGUUCCUGCAUCGUAACGGCGUCAUCUACAGGGACCUGAAACUGGAUAACAUCCUGUUGGACGCAGAGGGACACUGUAAGCUGGCAGACUUCGGCAUGUGCAAAGAGGGCAUCAUGAACGGAGUGACCACCACCACCUUCUGCGGCACACCCGACUACAUCGCCCCCGAGAUCCUGCAGGAGCUGGAGUACGGGGCCUCUGUGGACUGGUGGGCCCUCGGGGUGCUGAUGUACGAGAUGAUGGCCGGGCAGCCUCCGUUUGAAGCCGACAAUGAAGACGACUUGUUCGAGUCGAUUCUCCACGACGACGUCCUCUACCCCGUGUGGCUCAGCAAAGAAGCUGUUUCUAUCCUCAGAGCGUUCAUGACCAAGAACCCGGCCAAGCGUCUGGGCUGCGUGGUGAGCCAGGGAUGCGAGGAGGCCAUCAAGACCCACGCCUUCUUCAGAGAGAUCGACUGGGUGCUGCUGGAGCAGAGGAAAGUCAAACCGCCCUUCAAACCCAGGAUUAAGACCAAGCGGGACGUGAAUAACUUCGACCAGGACUUCACCAAGGAGGACCCGGUGCUUACGCCCACAGACGAGGCCAUUAUCCGACAGAUCAACCAGGAGGAGUUCAAAGACUUCUCCUACUGCGCCCCCGAAGAGACGCACACCUACACACACACACACACACACACACACACGCACACACACACACGCUGAAAUACACACACACACGCUGAAAUACACACACACUUAUCCGACAACACUAAACCUGGCACACACACGUACGCACACUUAGCUGAAACUCAUACAUUCAAACACACGCACACAAACACUCCUUUACUUUGAAGCUAUUGGUUGUUGUUACUUUUUGAAUAUUCUUUACUUGCAUUGUGUUGUUCUUGUUGCCUGGGUUUAUUAUAAUUAUUAUUAUUAUGAAUAUAAAUAUGAAUAUGACUAUGAAUAAGAAUAUACACACCUGCACAUGCUUAAACACACAUCUCCUCUGUGCACACUUUUAAUGCAGACUUACACACUACAAUCUACUCACACACACCUACGAGCUCACUGCACAUGCUCAGACAACCAAAUACACACAAUCACACACACACACACACACACACACACACACACACACACAUUGCUUCUCUCCCCAGCACACACACAUGGACUGUACGGUGUGUGCUGGGUGCAGAGGCCUGUAUAUAGCCUGUGUUGAGUGGCUGUGUUGUGUUGCUAUCGUGUGCUAGUAAAGGAGAGUGGUGGCGCAUGGACAAGCACCCUACCUGUGUUAUUACUGUCCUUAUCGUGGACCAGUUAGGGCCAAAUACCCUUUGUGCAAUACCCUGACUAUCUAUAUAUUUUACAGUUUUUUUUGUUCAUGUGUAAUUUGUGUCUUUUUGUUUGUUUUUUUCCUCCUCAAAAAAUUUGUUUUAUGAUCGAAAUCUUUGCUCUCAUCUUCCAGCACAAUCCCAACCCCUCCCCUCCCCUCCCCUCCCCUCCCCUCCCCUCUGUCUUUGUGCGCAUAAAGUGAAUGUCGAGCUCACACGUUACAGGCUAUUGAACUAAUUAUGUGGAGCAGAGUGUUACAGGCGGCCUGUGUAGCAGUUAAAAAAAAAAAAAAAAAAAA